AAACACAAAUCAUCUUCUCAGUACUCUCAUAUCUUAAACGAUCUCGAUUUCAUCAAUCACUGCAUGAUUCUAGGACCUUUUGUCCUUUUCUUCCAAUCUUUAGCUUCCUUUAAUGGCCUUAUCUCUGACAUUACUCCGAUCUUACCUAACUUCUCUGAUCUAUGGAACGCUUCGAAGUUUCACCCUAACUCCGAUUACGCUAGACAAAUCCCUAUUCCUACAAUUAUCCUCGACCAGCUUUACCACUUCGCCGCUUUCUGGAACUCUGUCUUCUCUGCCGCCGGAUUCACACGUGUCAACGCCGCCGCGACUCCGUACACUUCUAUCGAUAACCUCCACGGAUUCAAAAACCAAUUCGGGGAUUCUCAGAUUAAUUGGUUCAUCGAAUUGAUGCCGCCAGAACGUGGAAGUGGAGCAAGGGCUGCUACACUGCCAAGAGUGAGACCAGUGAGUCCAGUGGUCUCUAAUGAGACUAGUGAGAUGGCUAUGUUUGAGGAAUUUCGUAGGUUUCAGGAAUACAAGCAUAGGGAGUCAGUUAUGAGAAGAGCACCAGAGGUGAAUGUUCCACAUCGUGGUGGACCGGAUGUGGAAGCCCCGCCUCAACAUCAGCCCCAACCUUCGCCACAUCCUAUGCAUGCCCAUGGACAAGGUUCGUCUUACAUGGAGGCUAUCAAAUAUUUGAAGGACGUGGACAUGGAGUUCUUUGGUGGUAAAUUCAACCCUAUUGCUGCUGAUAACUGAAGAAAAAAAUUGGAAAGAAAUCUUGAUAAUGUUA